GAGGGGGGAGGAGGAGCGGCGUCGCGCGAGAACAGCCCGCGCGGCGCGUCCGGUGACGCGCAGGGGCGGGAGCGGCGUGGUGCGCGGAGGGCGAGGAUGCGGGUCAAGGUGCUGAGCCGCAACCCCGACGACUAUGUCCGCGACACGAAGCUGGACCUGCAGCGCGUUCCAAGAAACUAUGACCCUGUGCUGCAUCCAUUUGAAGUUCCACGAGAGUACACAAGAGCUCUGAAUGCAACAAAGCUAGAACGUGUGUUUGCAAAACCCUUUCUUAGCUCACUUGAUGGCCACAGAGAUGGAGUUAAUUGCAUGGCCAAACAUCCAAAGAGUUUGUCUACAGUGCUGUCUGGAGCUUGUGAUGGAGAGGUUAAAAUUUGGAACUUGACCAAACGACAGUGUAUUCGUACUAUACAGGCCCAUGAAGGCUUUGUUCGAGGCAUGUGUGCUCGUUUCUGUGGUACAUCAUUCUUUACUGUUGGUGAUGACAAAACUGUGAAGCAGUGGAAAAUGGAGAGCCCAGAAUAUGGAGAAGAAGAAGAACCUAUUCAUACAAUUCUUGGAAAGACAGUGUAUACAGGCAUUGAUCACCACUGGAAGGAAGCUGUUUUUGCCACCUGUGGCCAUCAGGUGGACAUUUGGGAUGAGCAAAGGACAAGUCCCAUGUGUUCUCUGACCUGGGGUUUUGACAGCAUAAGCAGUGUAAAAUUUAAUCCCAUUGAGACAUACCUUUUGGGAAGCUGUGCUUCUGACAGAAAUAUUGUGCUAUAUGAUAUGAGAAAAUCAACUCCAUUAAAGAAGGUUAUCUUGAACAUGAGGACAAAUACACUGUGUUGGAACCCCAUGGAAGCUUUUGUUUUUACCGCAGCAAAUGAAGAUUACAACUUAUAUACUUUUGAUAUGCGCUUUCUUGAAUCACCUGUGAUCGUGCAUAUGGAUCACGUGUCUGCUGUUCUUGAUGUGGAUUAUUCACCUACUGGGAAAGAAUUUGUGUCUGCCAGCUUUGAUAAGUCUGUCCGCAUUUUUCCUGUAGACAAAGGUCACAGCAGGGAGGUAUAUCAUACAAAACGAAUGCAGCACGUCAUCACUGUAAAAUGGACUUCAGAUAACAAAUAUAUUCUCUGUGGCUCAGAUGAGAUGAAUAUUCGUCUGUGGAAAGCUAAUGCUUCUGAAAAACUAGGAGUGCUUGCACCACGAGAGAAGGCAGCUAUGAAUUACAAUCAGAAGCUGAAGGAGAAGUUCCAGUAUCACCCAAAGAUCAGACGCAUAGCUCAACACCGUCACUUACCUAAAAGUAUAUUUUGCCAAAUCAAGGAGCAACGUAUCAUGAAAGAAGCUCGUCGGCGAAAGGAACUGAAUCGUCGUAAGCACAGCAAACCAGGAUCUAUGCCAUUUGUGUCAGAGAGGAAGAAGCAUAUUGUGGCAGUAGUGAAAUAACUGUUUUCACAUGUACAAAAUGUCACAGUGAAAGAAAAUUUCACUAUUGAAUGAAUCCACUGUACAAAAUUUGAUGGACAUUGGUAAUACAGCAUACGGCUCCAGAAAUGUGGCUUUUCUUCCAAGUAUACAAAUGCUCUGAUUUCUCAAGUCAUCGUCUGCUUUGGGUAGUCAUAAGAAUUGGCCCUGUCAUUUUUUUUAUUGCCUUUUGCCUGUCUGAUGUUACUGGCCCAAUGCUGUGUAUUGUGGUGGAGUUUGACCCUUUUGAUAUAAGCAGGUAACUUGGUGGUUGGUGGAGGAUAUCUGUAGUUCCAAUCCUAUUCAUUGAUACUGUAAUUACAAAAGAAGGAUGAAACAGAUUCAGAUUUGUCAGAGGCAAAAAAUCUUUGUUCCAUACAGAGUUAUAAAAUCAGUUGUCCUUAUGCUAUGGUGUGUUGGUUUUUUUGUUUAUUUGUUUAAACUAAUCUAAUAAAGUAAACAAGUGUCCUUAGGGCAGUGGACUAAAUCUUGAUUAUUCCAACUGACAAAUAUACCGAAUUAUAUUUAUUACUGUACAAUCUAUUAUUUUUCUUCAAUCCAAAGAAAUUCAGCAAGGUUCUCAGACAUACGUAAACUUACUUAUAGUUUUGUUCUGUCUUAACUGUUGUUACGUGACUUGGCAAAACUUCAGACUGUUGAAGUUGCUGAUAUUAAUAAUUACAUAGUUGAAUAAAUAUCUUUAGCUUAUUUAAAACUUCUAAAAUCUGGAUGAAAGAUGACAUAAAUUGUAUAGGGCACAGAAACUUCUUUAAGUGAGAUUCAUUACAAGCCUUCUAUUUUAAGUUUAUAUAAAAAAAUAAAAACUUCACAUUUCACAAGGUACCUGAAGCCCAAAGUUCUUUUAGUGUUUGGGAAAUUCUCUGCUUCUCUUCCUGUGGGAUAGACUUAUCUUUUUACUGAAGACAGUAAGAUGAUUGGAAAACUAUGCUGGAAUUCAGCUAGGCCUUCUAGGCUGAAGGCUUCUCUUGCAGAAAGAUGAGAUAUGUAAUAACCAUAAGCUUUGCUUAAAUUAUUUUUUUAAGCCUUUGCACUGCUAUGCAGUCUGUAACUACACUCCCCUUCGCCCCAAGAUAAUGCACAAAAUAUGAACUCAAUUAGAAUAAACUUUAUGGUUUAACUUUUUUUUUUUUAUUCUGAAAAUUGAGCACUUGCCUUCUUAUAGCAUCCUGUUUAAUGUUUUCUACUGACACUAACAUCCAUAUGUAUUUCUAGUUCUUAAUCUUUCACUCGUCUCUUCCAGCACUGUUUGGGCAAGAUUCCUGGAUCAUCAUGGCACAAUUAUGGCUGUUUCGUGAUAAGAGGCCAUAAUGUAUCUUUUACUCUCUGGAUCACUUAGCUUAUGGGGUGGUGCAGGAAGAGAAGCAGAUCUGAAGAGCUAUAAGUAGGAUGAUGAGAAGCAGUGGAACAGAUCAGGGAAUAGACUGAUGCUGGCUGUGUGCCUGUUGUUCUAAUGCAGUGCACUCUGUGCCAAAUACAGUUUAUUUCCUUCCUGAAACACUGAGAAAAUUGAGGGAGAAUGUGCGGUCCAAAGUAUGGCUUGUGACACAGCUGUAGUCAAGUCUUGCACGAUUUGCAAAACCAGACUAAUCUUCUGGAAUGCGAUUAAAAAUUUUCAGCCUUGUCAGUUUAGCUUGAGUUGAUGUAGUUGGUUGUUGAUUUGUUGAGUCAUGAUAACCUCUGGUGUGAACAAGCCCUGCCACUUGGCAUUUAUUACCUUUGGUGCAGAUGAAUGUAACUAGAAAGCUUUCAGUUCUGAAGUUAGUUUGGUUACAGUGUGGUAUUGGUGUUGAGCUCCACUGCACAAGCCAUGUCCAAAGGAUCUCUGUGUUCAGAGACCUCUGUGCGCUGUUGCCUUCAGACAGGCCCCCAAGUGGAGCAACUCAGAGGACCAGGGUUGGCUGAAAAUGUUGCUAGAGAGAUUGUAACAGCAUGCUGAAAAAAGGAAUUUUAAAGUUAGGAGGGUACUGGGAUGCUGUGUAUUUGUGUAUUAAUUCCUUUCUCAAAUUCAAUGGGUCUGGUCUUGUACAGAGACACAGGUCUUGUCAUCAAGUGGAGCACCCUCUUAGCAUUCCAGGAAAAAGCCUGUUUUCCAAAAUCAGGUCUUGCUAUGAUUUCUAGAAAUGUGUUAGUUGUAAAACCAGUGUAGAUGUGGGCUGGGGCUUUCUGGUUAGAAGUCAGUCAUUUGGAAUUUUGCAGGUGGUGUUUGCAGUCUGUCUAUUCAGAGGAUCUCUGACCAUGUAUUUGUGUGCUGUUGGGCUAGCUGCUGUUGGUUUGUCCCUUUUGGAAACCCUUGCAGUUGGUCUCCAACACUUUUUCUGGCCGUCCACCAAAAAUACAUAAUUCUCAUGGUAGGGGUUUUUUUAAACUUAUUUACUUAAAUAUAGUAGUUGCCAAGUGGUAGCUCUGCUUGCAAAAAGUGCUCAUACGAGCCUGUCACAGGCCAUCACUGAAAUGGUUUAGAAAUUACCCUGAAGGAACUAGAGCUCUUAAUUUUUUUUUUAUUUGGUGAUUUGGUUUUUUAUUUUUUUCCCCUCAGUGAUUUGAGAGGUGUAAUCAGGACUCAUCUUAAUCACCUUAAAGGAGUUAUCAAAUUUCCUGAAAUCAAUAUAUGCAAAAAGAAUAUGGAUACAUGCAUCUGCAUGUAUGUGUACCCAGGUGUAUGUAAAAAAAUCCUUAGCGUCACAUAAGAUACUGAAAAUAUAAGGAAACUGUUAAUGAUUGCCUUCAAAAUUUUGGUGUGGAUGACAGGAAAAAAAAAGGGAGAUGAUGAACUAUUUUAUAAAGCAUAUGCAGUGCCUACAUGCCUGCUUAUUCAAAAAAGAUAACUUCUGUAUAUAUUCUUACUCUGAGAAGAUAUUUAAAGACUGUUUUGAAAGAGAAAUAACUUCUUUGAUACAGAAAUAUCUAAAUCAGUAUUCAUAGCAUUGGUGAGUUUUAGCUGUUUCAUGAUAAAGCAUCUGUGGAGUCAUCAACAUUUUAUUCCUGUUUUAUUACAGCCAGGCUAUGUAAUGAUACAGGUACUUGAAUAAAAUAAUUUCUUUUA